AAAAAAGUACUCCUCUAAUAACCAAGGGUUUGACAUACGAGGAUCUUAUUAAAGAUAUUAAAAUACUUGGAAGAGUAGAAAAGUCAUCAAGAUGUUGUUAUCAUCCUCAUUUAUAUUUGCUAUUUCGUAUUUGUUGGCCAGUGUAUGUUGUUUGCAAUUAGAAGUUUCAGCUUCCACUAAGCCAGAACCAACAUGUAUUCGUGAUUUUGUUGCUGAAGGUCAAUUGGUAGUUGUUAAUUUGAAGACUGAUGGACGUGUUGGAGAUGGACAACAAUUGAAUUUGAGAGUUGUUGACUCUUUGGGUAAUGAACAUAGUCGUAGAAACGAUAUCGCUGGUGAUAUUAGAGUUGCAUUUACCAGUCAUCAUAGUGCAGCUUUUGACGUUUGUUUCACUAAUCAAUUAGAAAGUAAAUAUUCUAAACACGCUGUUUCUAGACAUAUUGAAUUAGAUAUUGAAAGUGGUGCUGCCGCAAGAGAUUGGAAUGCAGUUCAAGCAGCUGAAAAAUUAAAACCAGUUGAAGUUGAAUUACUUAGAAUUGAAGAAAUGACCUCUGAAAUUGUUAAUGAAUUACAAUAUUUAAAGAGAAGAGAAGAAAGAAUGAGAGAUACCAAUGAAUCUACCAAUUCAAGAGUUAAAAACUUUUCUUUAAUCGUUAUUUGUGCUUUAGUUGGGUUAGGUGUUUGGCAAAUUCAAUAUUUGAGACAUUACUUCAAAGUUAAGCAUAUAAUUUAAGCUUCAUUCUCCACUAAUU